CAACAGCUCGACUUCGAAAAAUGACUUGCUCGAAAAAAAGCAUGAAAACUGCCGCGGCGUAUGAUCAUCAUGUUCUUGCCAUGUGCAUUGGAAUGCAGAGGAACGCCACAGCUUAAUCCUGAGCAAGCGUAUGGGUAUGCGUAUCAACGUAGCAGGAGACGUAGUUAGAUAGAACGAAAAGCACUAUAGUGUACUUGUAGCUCUUCAUCGCACUAACCGUCGUAAAGCAAGCAGACACACCCACUCAACCACUCCUGAAGCAAAAUUAUGGCUUUCGUCAAGUUGGAGCCAUCGAUCGCGUACGCGAACUGGCUAGAGACCCGGAUCGCGCACUACGUGAACGAACGAAAAAGGCAGGAUGCGGUGGAAAUCGCUGCGGAACGUCUCAAGUUGGAGCAGCAUCCGGAGCAAGGCUGCGAGCUGCUUACGCGAAUUGCAAAGCGGAAAGAAGCAACGGACGAGAUGGCAACGUUGCUCAAGCAUCACGUGCAGUGUCUGGGGAGCGCCAAGCUCGGGAGCUUUUGCGACGAAGAUGCGCUAGACGAAGCAGGGGUCCGUGUCCGAACAUGGUUCCCCGGAAGAAACUACAUAACACACAAAAAAUGCCGCACCGACUCACCUGCGCCGUCUGCUCAGAGCAUGUUCUCCGCCGUGUCCCACUUCGUGCGGAUGGAAGAGUUUUCCAACGAGGGAGGAGACUACGAGGGAGGAGACUUGGCCGACGAUCGAAUCCUUGUAAGAAGCUUCUCUGUGAAACUCGAAAAGAAAUGGCCCGGUUUCCUGCAUGGCACGACCCCGCUGCGUCAAAGCCUUGCACAGGAUCAAUUGUGUGCGUGGCUGGUAGGCGUCCAAGCGCAAGCGAGAUCACGUUCACGUCCUCCCAUAGGCCAAGCGACAAGGAGCAGGAGCGGCGCGCCGGGUGGUCGCAUCUACUUACCGACGGAGCUCUUCAGGCACGUGGCGUCUUUUUUGGAACCUUUUCGGUCUGUGAUCAUGUCGCCAGCUUACUACGUUGCGGCUGCGUUGAGCCGACGGUUUCGAGACCUGGCAACCACGCUCGAAGCUGCCUACCGCGUCUACCUCGACCGACUUGCUGACGGCAGGCGCGCAGUGAGCGGAUCCGCUGCGAACAAAGUACGCGGCAAGGUCUGGUGGGAGCGGGAGACAAAAACUACCAAAGAGCAGAAAAAUAAGGCGCGGGUCCGCCUCCUGGUGAAGUUCGACGGAGUUGAGUUUUCUACGCUCGGCGCACAACACUGGCCUACCCCAAGCGAGCUUGAGAUAACCAGUAGUUUAGAAUGGCGCGACAUUUACGAUUCCGAGCAGGAAAUGGCUAAACAGCAGAAAAUGAGAAGCAACUUUUGUUUUCGGCUCGAUUCAGCAGCGGCGCAGCGUGACAAUGUGCUGCUCGCCGUGCAGGAUUUUUUUGAACGCAAAGGGUUUGCUUUCUCCUAUGAGAAAAAAAUCAAGAAACGCAACCGACGGGGGCGGCGAUUUUUGGUGUCGUGGGGAAAAGAUCAGGAUGAGGAGGAAUCUUCCUCCUCUUCAUCCUCCGAUGAUGAUGACGAGUCUGUGGUGAUGUCAGAGAAUGACGACAAUGAUGAAAAUGAUGCGUGACGAAUUGCAUUGUCUAUUUUCUUCCCCAGAUCAUGUUAUGAAUUCGCCUUUAUAUUCUUAUUGUUUUAUGAAAACCAAAACUCCGAAAGUAGAAGUACGGGUUGGUGGUUAUCUGCUUCACAGAAAGUGAAAGUUAGAGGUGCGUACAGCUGAAAAAAGAAUCAAUUUCGCCAGAACAGUGCUUGACGUUCGUAAUUUUUUUUCUUCGCCACUUGUUUUUGUGAUCCUGAAAAAGCAGGAAGGUCUUCAGCAGUUUAGACACGACGUAGGGUUCCCGUCUUGGUAAUGUCAUUGUGAGGCGCCGCCGAUGGGAUGAUCAU